AGCCGCGAGCAUCCCUGCCAGUUGCGGUUCCUGGCAGGCCCUUUGAACUUCACUACCUCCCUGGGUUAGCUUUUAGGAGACCCUCCGAAUGCUCAGCCGGGUUGUGUCCUGCCUGCCAGGGCUUUGGUCAAGUUGGUGUGCACUUCUCCAGAGGGCAAUGGACCAUGCCAGAGCAGCAAUCUCUAACUUGUUUGGUGGCGAGCCGAUGUCGUACACGCGCUUCAGCAUUGCCCGGCAAACAGAUGGAGACAACAGCCAUGUGGAGAUGAAGCUCUCUGCUGAUGAUGAGGAAGGAGGGGAAAUCGGGAGACCAGAGCACCUGCAUGCCACCAUGCCUCCUCCACGGAGGAAUGGCAAAAACCUUUGUUUCCUAAUCAUGGCAGCAGUCCUCCUCCUUUUGAUUGGGUUUCUGAUUGGCUACUUGAGUUACCGUGGACGAAUGCAGAACGUUAGCAGGUGUCUGGAUGGAAGUGGCAAGUGUGAGAUGACUCCUACUGCAUCUUACUUAUCGGAUGAUGAUGAAACUGAGGAAGAAGAGGUUUCUGGACCACGUGUCUUAUACUGGCCUGACCUGAGAGCCAUGUUGUCAGAUAAACUGUCAGCUGCACAACUUGAGGCGAACCUGAGGCAAAGAGAAAGUAAGACAUCUUUUGAAGCUGGCAAGGUUGAAGAUGAGACCACUGCCAGCUACAUUCAUGACCAGUUCACCAGCUUUCGCUUGGAUGAGGUGUGGAAUGACGAGCACUACAUUAAGCUGCAGGAUAAAGGCAGUAGCAAUAACCAAGUGUCUACUGAGGCAAAUGGUGUUGAAGAGGUACUGGAGAGUCCCAACGCAUAUGUGGCAUACAGCAAGAGCGGCACAGUUUCUGGCAAACCAGUCCAUGUGAACUAUGGACUGAAAGAUGAUUUUGAGAAGAUACGAAAUCUGGGUAUUUCAAUGAAUGGAACUAUAGUCAUCUUCAGAGCUGGAAAAAUAACCCUUGCUGAAAAGGUUGCAAAUGCCAGAGAGGAGGGAGCAGUUGGUGCCCUGAUGUACCUGGACCCCUCUGAAUACAAGUACACCGAGAAACUUGUCCCCUUUGCACAUGCUCACCUUGGAACUGGAGACCCUUUCACCCCAGGCUUCCCUUCUUUCAACCACACCCAGUUCCCACCAGUGGAAUCUUCUGGACUACCUCGCAUCCCUGUUCAGACCAUCUCUAGCGAAGCUGCAGGCAAGCUGUUCAGCAAAAUGGAUGGGCACACAUGCCUUCUGGAGUGGAAAUCUGGGAUCAUGGGAUGUAAGGUGACGGUGAGCCCCACAAGCAAGAUGACAGUGAAACUGACCGUGAACAACGUUAUGGUGGACAGGAAGAUUCUGAACAUCUUUGGUGCUAUCAAGGGAUUUGAAGAACCAGAUCGGUAUGUUGUGAUCGGAGCCCAGAGAGAUUCCUGGGGACCAGGAGCGGCCAAGGCCGGCGUUGGCACUGCCAUCUUGUUGGAACUUGCCCGUGUGAUCUCGGACAUAGUGAAAAAGGAUGGCUACAAACCAAGACGCAGCAUUAUCUUUGCUAGCUGGAGUGCGGGAGAGUUUGGAGCUGUGGGUGCAACCGAGUGGCUGGAGGGAUACUCCACCUCGCUGCAUGCCAAAGCCUUCACUUACGUUAACUUGGAUGCUGCAGUCUUAGGCUCCAACCACAUGAAGAUUUCUGCUAGCCCAUUGCUGUACUCGUUGCUGGAUAGAACUAUGAAGGGGGUGAAGGACCCAACAAAGGAUUCAGGAACCCUGUAUAACAGAGUGGGCUCUGACUGGAUGGAUAAAGUCGUUCCCCUUGAUCUGGAUAAUGCAGCGUUCCCUUUCCUGGCUUACUCAGGAAUCCCAGUGGUUUCCUUUGGUUUCUGCAAUAAAGAUGAGGAAUAUGCUUUCUUGGGCACUGCUGGAGACACAGUGAUGAACCUGAAGAAGAUUGACAAGUUGAGUGCUCUCAUGCGAGCUGCUGCAGAAGUUGCUGGACAAGUAGUUCUCAGGCUGACCCAUGAUCAUGAGCUCUUCCUGGAUUUUGAUAGAUACAGUGAAGAAUUGCUGUCAUUCCAGGAGAGGUUUUUGUUCUUUGAUGAGGAAGUGAAGGCACUGGGGCUGACCUUGAACUGGCUGUUUUUUGCCCGUGGUGACUUUCAGCGAGCUGCAGAUGCACUGAGGAGAGACAUUGCAAACAGUGACAAGGAAAACAGGAUUGUCCGCAGAGCCCUGAAUGACAGGAUGAUGAAGGUGGAGUAUGACUUCCUCUCCCCGUUCCUCUCACCAAAAGAUGCUCCCUUUCGCCACAUCUUCUUCGGCAAAGGCUCCCACACGCUGCCGAGUCUGCUGGAGAACCUGAAGCAGCUGAAAGACAACAAAGACAGUGUGGAUGUGAACGUACUGAAAGAGCAGCUGGCCCUGGUGACCUGGACCAUUAAAGGGGCUGCCAAUGCUUUAGUGGGUGAUAUCUGGAAUACAGACAACGAAUUCUAGACACACCAAACACCUGGUUAAGGUACAGGAUUACCUCUCUAAGGUACAGGAGAGCUGUGUGUGCAGGGGCUUGCUGUGUAGCCCUAG